AUGAUAAUUUUCUUACGUGAUGUGAACAUUUAUGCCUUCUUCGCUUUUUCUGUAACCUUCUGCUGCCGAAUGUUGCCUAUAAUUUAUCACUAUAGGUUUCGUCGCAUGUCGGCACUCGAUAGUCAGGCCAGCACCGCUUUCACCGAGCCAGAGGAUGGCUUUGCCGACGAUGAUCUGCUGGCUCCAGAUGAUAUCAGCGGUCAGUGA